AUUCUGUUCUCCUCUCCCCGCCUCAUCUCCACGCACGCUCCGAUGGCGGUGGCUCUUCGUCUCUCCAAGCCACCAUCUUCUUUCCCGACCCACCCUGUCGCUCCAUCUCUACUGUGCUAUUCGCAGCUGUUCUCCUCGCUGCAAAGGAGGACCGCUUCUCCGCUUCGCUGCCGCUGCUCCAAGAAGAAGGAGACCAGCUUCAUGGACCAACUCCUCGACUACAUAGAAGGUGGACCUAAGUUGAGGAAGUGGUAUGGAGCACCUGAACUACUUCCAAAGGAUGGUGGUCUUGAGAAUGAGGAUGAAUCUUCAGAAAUCGAUGAAGCACGAGAUGCUGUGCUGGUAACUGAUGGUGAAAGUGAAAUUGGUCAGAUGGUAAUUCUAUCAUUGAUUCUUAAACGUGCUCGGAUAAAAGCACUAGUCAAGGAUAAGCGAGCUGCUAUUGAUGCUUUUGGAACUUAUGUUGAGACAAUGGUUGGAGAUUUAAAUGACAAGACCUUUCUGACAAAUGCUCUGAGAGGUGUUCGAGCAAUAAUUUGUGCAUCAAAUGAUGGCUUCUUCUCUGACAUAGGGCGAACAAAGGGUGCGCAGCACAUUGUUCUUCUAUCUCAGUUGGCAUUUUAUAGAGGCAGCAGCGGAAUUCAAGCAGUUAUGAAUAGCAAGGCCAGAAAACUGGCAGAGAGAGAUGAAGAAACCGUGAUUGCGUCUGGCAUCCCAUACACAAUAAUUAGAGCUGGCUUACUGCAAGAUAGUCCUGGUGGCAAGCAAGGAUUCAGCUUUUCAAAGAAGCAUAUUGUUUUGUAUUUUUGUGUUAGGGUGCUGCAGCAAAGGGAAGACUCAGCAAAGAGGAUGCAGCAGCCGUUUGUGUGGAGGCACUUGAUUCACUGCCAGAGGAAGGACUAAUUUUCGAGGUGGUAAACGGCGAGGAAAAGGUACGAGAUUGGAAGGAAAAGUUCGCUGAGUUUAUUGGGACUGCUGAAGAGUGAGGAGUCACAGUGAGCAGAAGAAAGAAUCCACCUGUUCCUGUUGAACUAAUGGUGAAUGAUUCUUGUAAUAUCUAAAUUAAGAUUCUGAAAAUUCAAUUACACGAUUUGUUUGUUAACUAAUAUUGUAAUCGAUGUCAUGCAUUCUGUAUGUGAUGCGGCAAAUACUGUUUGGAUGGAUAUAUAAGAACGAUUCUUAGCUUAA